AUGGACAACGGCAAGGGCAAAAACAACGGCAAAAACAAGGGCAAGGGUAGAGGUAAGAAAAGAAGCCAGAAUCGGAAGGAGAACAAGGCCACAAAGAAGGUUGAGCGCAAUACUAAGGUCGAGAACCAGCCUAAAGUCGAGAUCUAUGACGGGCAUCACUGUCGCCGGAAGCGACCUACUCAUGUGCGAAGUCUGCGAUGCCUUCGUUUAGGCCAUGUGGUCCAAUGUCCGGAGCAUCCUGAAAGCUUCCCGCGACGAUUGAGUGAAUGUGUGAAGUGUAACAGUGCUGACAAGCGACAAGUGCAACAAGAGCGCAACGAUAGAAAGAAGUAG